AUGGCUCUGACUCGGAUAUGUUGGCGUCUAUCACCCCCGGUACGGUUACUUCGGAGGACAGUAAAAGUUAACACGCGAUGGAACUCCACCCUCGUUCCCAACACCGAGGCCGGGAACGUCGCACCCACCACUAAACAUACCAAAAUCGAGAAAAUAAUCCUCGACCACAUCAAGACUACGGGGCCGAUUUCAUUCGCCACGUAUAUGCAACUAUGCCUGUCGCAUCCUACAGACGGGUACUAUAUGAACCCUGAACAUAAAGUCUUUGGCUCCGGAGGGGACUUUAUUACCAGCCCAGAAAUCAGUCAGACUUUUGGAGAGCUAGUUGCACUUUGGCUACUGCAGGAGUUUAGGAAGAGUGGGAAGGAUGUCCCGCUGCGCCUCGUUGAACUGGGACCGGGGAAAGGAACACUCAUGGGUGAUAUCUUGAGGGUCGUCCGGAAGUUCGAACCGCACAAACAAAUCAAUGUGCACCUAGUCGAAACGAGUCCUACCAUGCGAGCGCUACAAAAAAACCAUCUUUCCGACACUCCUGGCGUACACAUUCACUGGCACAACUCCAUCAACGAGUUGGUGCCCAGCGCGUCAGAGUACACCAUGCUCGUCGCGCACGAAUUUUUUGACGCGUUGCCAGUGCAUGUCCUUCAGAAAUCAAAAGACACAGGCGUGUGGCAUGAAGUCUUGAUCGCGUCAACUGAAGAAGUGGACAGGGCUCAAUCUCAGUCUCAAUCUCAUGCCUCCGAAUCUGAAACACCUGCCUCCCCCACCUCUGAUGUACCUGCAGCUUUCUCAACCGCUACAACGGAAACUCCUCCCCCUCCCUCCCCUUCAUCGUCAUCAUCGUCGUCUCCAACAACAGAAAGUAUAACACCGCCUCCACUAUCGACACCGCCCCAGCCGCCCACGCCAUCUUCACCGUAUCCCCUCCGGCGGGUUCUUGCGUCGAAGCCCUCUUCCGCCAGCACAGUACUCGGUCUUUCAUCCCCCCGGUUCAGUGAGCUUUCCGCGGGGUCGUUAUUGGAGGUGUCACCAACGUCGUACAGAGUCGCAAGGAAGGUUGGAGAGCUGCUGGCCACUGGUACAAGUAACGACGGGACAAAUGAAGUAGAGAGUGGUAAAGAAAAUCCUAUAGGUGGGUGUGGACUGAUCAUUGACUAUGGAGGCGCAUCCGCCUAUGGUGACUCCCUGCGGGCGUUCAAGAACCAUGCGAUUGUCGAUGUAUUCCAUGAACCUGGGCAAUGUGAUAUAACCGCAAACGUCGAUUUCGCGUUUCUGCGAGAGGCAAUGGCUGACAUCGUGACCCCUCUUGGUCCUAUUCCGCAAGGCGUCUUCCUAGCACGCAUGGGCCUCGGUCUGCGUCUGCGCACAUUGUUGCAGGCCGCGAGCACAGAAGAGCGGAGGCAGGAAAUACAUUCUGCAGCGAUGCGACUGAUUGAUCCCAAGGGAAUGGGUGGAGAGUACAAGGUCCUUGGAAUCACGAGUGGCGUGUCAAAAGGUGUCGAAGAGCCAUGGCCGUUUGUCGUGGGUGAAGCAAAAGAACAGAAGUAG